GUUGUUGUCUACAUAUCGAACAAGAUAUAAUAUUAUGUAGUUCUGACGUAUAGAAUUUGAUCUAACUAGAAAGCUAGAAAAUCGCGUUUUAGUAUUUCUUAAGCCAUUGAAAUACUAGUGGUUCUUGUUUACCUUUACGUUUAUCUCGAAAUUGCAUUCAAGGUUACUGAUUACAACACGGAAGUAAACAGGUUCAUUAUCUAUGGUAAAAAUGAUUUUUCAUUAAAAUUAUGAGCAAUUAGUGUCAAGCAACACUUAAAUAAACGUCAAAAAAUCCAAAAAAAAAAGCCGAAAGGCAACUGUUGUAGUUUUUAAUUUAGUUUGUAAACUUAUUUCUGUUUUAUUAUAGUUGAUAGUUUCCCUAAAAGUGUACCAACUAUUAUUUUAUCUAGUCUUAAACAUGUAUUUUUUAGUUAGGGAGCAAUCCGAGGUUCCUGACGUUCGUUAAUGUGCCAUAAAAGUGUUGAUGGAUGCCUCUUUGUUGUGAAAAUAGUGAUUUUCGGUGCUUAACGCGGCAGUUAUGGAGCGAAAUAGUUCCAAAAACGAUCGCAAAUUGCUCAUAACGUGUCCUGAAUGUGAUAAAUGCUAAAAUUUUCAUUUUUUUAAGAAGUCCCGCCAUAAUAUUGCAAGUAAUUUUUUUCAUUAUUUCGUAAUAAUUUUUUUUGUAAUAUUUUAAAAAAUGAAACAAUUGCUUAAUAUAAGCAGAAAAAAUACCAGCACCGGGGCAACGUGUGGAUCGCAACAAGUCUCAUAGGAUUUACGAUUCAUAUAAAAAAUAAAUAUGUCAACUAUUCAAGAUAAUCAUUCCUUCUGGAACAUAUCAAGUGAUAAUACAGAUUUGAAGUAUGAAAAAUGUCGGAAUAUUACCGAGGAGAUCUAUAAGAGGAUCGAUAUAACUUUUAAAAUUAAAAAAUUGGAGACGGGAACACAAAGUGAUUCUGACUACAGUGAUCUAAUAGAUAGCAAUGAAUUGAGCAAUGAAACCGACCUAUUCGCUUGUGACAAAAGUUCAAUAUCAAGCAGUACAGAGUUAGAGGCGUUGGAACGCGGCAGUGCUAUAUGUGAGAAGUUCAUAAAUAACAAUAAUAAUGAAGAGACUAAGAAGAAACCGGCUACAGUUUAUAAGAGGCCUCGGAAAAGGUUCCGUAAACGCGUCAAAAAGCAACAACGUUCUAAAAGAGACUCCGAUGGGUCAAGUGAUGAAGCCCUGCCGCUGAGCAGAGCUGUCGAUUUAGACUUCACUCUGAACAGAGUCACGCCGUCUCCGUCUCAUGCUGUGAUGGGAGUACCAAAUGUUGUUAUAACCCCUAUUGAUCUGAAAAAAUUCAAGCUUCCAGUGCUAGAAAAGAAAUCGACGAAGAAAAAUGAAUCGAAACAAAAUCCUGUAAAAGAAUCCAAAGACACAGUCAUAGACAAGGGCACAGAUAAACAAAGCAAGACUACAGAUGAAAAAAACGAUAAAAAAACCAUAGACAAGGUAGAGAAAGAGAAACCAACGGAAUGGAGUUGUUCUAUUUGCAGUUUGUCGUUUCGUGGCGAAAGGGGUUUAAGACGCCACAUGACAAUGUCGCAUGUAAUAGACCCGAUAGAAGCAAAGAAGGCAAACAAAAAAGAAGAAUCAAUAUGAAUCGGUAAAUUUGAUAAUAUCACUUAAGUUAAAAAAUAAUGUUGCUAGUUCACAAAAUAUCAAAAAUUAAUUAUAUCGAAAUUUUUGGUGAUUGAAGAAAAAAAAAAACAUGCAAUGUUUUUUAUGAAAAAAAUUAUUCUUUAGUUUGAUAAUAGUGUUAAUAUAGAACCUUUUUGAAUACAGUGCAACA